AUGAAUUCCUCAACCUACAGGCGCCCCGGUGCUUUCUCACCUCGAGCACCAGCAUCGCCAGGCCCGUAUCAAAAUCGGCCGCAAAGCAGUAAUGCGUCCGAAAGCGACUCCUCCAGCUCCUCACAAGUAACCGCGCAGUCUCGAAACACCCAAUCACCUCAACCGCAAUUCACUCGCCCUUACGUGUUUCCCCCACCAAAUCCGAAUUCUAGUACGACCUCAGUCAACAACUUCUCCAGACCCGCACCAGCACGACAAUUCUCUAGCGAGCUACCGUUGCGAGCUACACCUCAGGCGCCAGGGCAUAGGCGGCAGCAUUCGCAGGGCUUCUUUGAGCCGUCGCUACCUACAGCCACACUUUCAGAGCAGUCCGCUAUGGGGGGGACUCUUUCCGCUUCGCAGAUAGCGGCCCAAGCUGCUAUGCAGCACCAAGCGUCGUCCCAACAUAGCAGGAAUCGCUCGCAGACCAUACCGACACCCAACCAGAGUCCUCCAGGUACAAUCACUGGACGACGAAAGCCUCCGCCAAUUCAGACUGCAACAGAACCAUCAAGGAAACCCAACGGCCCACAAACUCCAGGACUAAGGAACUACAAUGGAGCUGUGGGUGGACACUCAGCGGCCGCGGUCACUGCUGCGAACGCUGCUCUCCCUCAUAGCUCGAAAACGUCGCCUGGACUUACGCACUUUGAGUUUCCAGAGAAGGAGCAUAAACUCAAAACGGAGAGGUCGAAGAUGAAGCUUUUCUCGAAGCCGAAGAGUGCGGCAAGCAAAGAGGUGGAGAGGCCUGUGCCUUCGCCGAACAAGGGUGAGCGCCCAAGUGGGCUUUCGAAGAUGGUCAAUCCCUCUGUCACGAGCUUGGCGGACUCUUUAGCAUCGGGUGCGUCGUCUAUGUAUUCUACGAAUAAUGCGUCAACCUCUACGCUGGUACCUCUGGAUCGCCAAACGACAUAUGAGAAGGAGAAGGCACACAAACAUCACUUUCUGUCCCGUCAGAAGAACAAGAUCAAAGAUAAGAUUGGCGACGAUCAUGCCCUUCCAUUGUCUUCAGCAUCCAGCAACUCUAAGCCUAUCGAUCCCAGUGCUCCGGCGUCCUUGUACAACUUCGCGCCAGCUCCGGCAAGCCCAGCAUCAUCAUCAUUCAGCGGGCUGGAUCUUCGACAUGGAGGCCGUGCAUUGCGUGAGAAGAAGAAAGAAGAUAAAGCUGUGUCUGGGUAUGCUCCGCCCUUCGCGCCAAAGAGGGCUGAUAUUGACCGAGUGGACUGGGCAACCGGAGGAGCGUUAAGUGGUGGUACCGGUCUUGCUCCUUCGCUCUUUGGAAUUCCUUCUUCCAGCUCUCAUACUGCUAGCUCGUCUGCUUCUUCGGCUUUGCAGGGUUUCGGGUUGAACAACAUGCGCUCUGAAGACGCAUGGGAUUUCCUGAAAGCUAAUCUACUGACUGUCUUUGACGGCGACGAGCUGCUUGUUCCCGUUGAGGAUCUCAAUGGCUUAGUUACUACCCACAUCCAAAGGUGCAUCAUCAAGCGAAGUGCGCCGAUCGUCAUUGAGGAUCUCCGCGAACUAUUCCAGAAGGGCUUCACAUCUCUAGAUCAGACUCUGCGAAAUGUCCCUGACCACCGUUUAGUACCCCAUCUGGUGGAUAUGUGGCUUUUCGUCUUCGGCAAGCUCCUUCCUUACAUGCAAGCCGUCUUUCUUCCCCUCGACCUCGAGUUCAAAGGCCACGGAACUCUUAUGACGUCCCAAGAAGCCGCCGAUUUCUGGGGCGCCAACCCUGACUCCACGGACUCCGCCUUCGGCAAUGAAUUCGAUGUCCGACGAAUCGUACUCUUAUCUUACCGAGACAAUGUCAUCUUGGCGCACUAUGAAGCGCUCAAGGCUACCUUCUCCCGCCUCAGCCUUGACAGUAUCAACGUAGGCGUCAGCCCUGUCGUUGACAGCUUCGAUGGCGUCGUAGGCGGUCGACCGGGCACAGCAGCUAGUCUGGACCCUGGGGUCGCAAGCUUCAACUCCCAAGGAUCCACGCUCCUUGGGGAUGGAGGUAGGAGCAGAGCAACAUCCAACCUCUCCGCCCCGGAGCUCCCAUCUUUCGGCUCUCCACUCCCCCGUCGUCAAGGUCCACCAGACAGUUCACAAGUCACAGAGACAGUUGGACGCAUGCUGCAAUGUGUGAGUGUACUAGCAAGUGUGCGGAGCGGCGAUGAUAGUCAGGCUAAGAUGGAAGACUUGGCGAAGGCGUUGAAACUCAAUUGGUUAGGGAGGGGGAGGACCGGGAGAAAUAGGCGGGGGUUUGUGGGGACGAGAGCGCCGGCUAGGCCUGUGAGGGAGGCGAAUGGGAUGGCGGAGAGGGAAUACGAGGGCAGGAUGGGAAGUCACCUAUAA